AUUAAUGGGGUAAGUUGAUAACCCUAAAAUAAGACAUCCCGUUAAAUUUUUCAAUAGGAAAAGAGAACAAAAAGAAAGAACCUUUUUUCAGUCAGUUUUUGGACACUCCACGACACCAUAAAAUUCUCAAUUUAUUUUGUUUUCAUUCAACAACCAAUUUCCCUCCAGUUUAUCACCAAUCCUUAUAACCCAUUUCUCUCUUUUCUCUCUCAAUCAAGUUUUCUCUCUAAAAAUUCGAUCUUUCGUGCGAUUUUGGUGUUUCCCUUCAAUCUAAGCAACUUCAUCUACCAUGUCUUUCAAAAGGUCUAACUCUCUGUCUGGAUUGUCUAUCGCGGACCAUAGCAAAGAUGCAUUCCUGGAACUAAAGAGGAAGAAGGAUCACCGCUACGUUGUAUUCAAGAUUGAUGAGAAGAAGAAAGAGGUUGUGGUUGAAAAGACUGGCAAUCCAGCUGAAAGCUAUGAUGAUUUUUUGGCUGCCUUACCAGAAAAUGACUGUCGAUAUGCAGUCUUUGAUUAUGAUUUUGUGACAUCUGACAAUUGCCAAAAGAGCAAGAUUUUCUUCUUUGCAUGGGCUCCUUCAACCUCUCGUAUACGCGCCAAGAUGCUGUAUGCCACAUCAAAGGAGAACUUUAAGCAUGAGCUUGAUGGCGUACAUUAUGAAAUUCAGGCUACUGACCCCUCAGAGAUGGAUCUUGAAGUGCUCAAAGAUCGUGCACAUUAAUCAUUUAAAAUUUUUAAAGAGAUAAUUCUUUCUGACGAAGGAAAAACUCGAAAACAGAAGGUCUGGCACUUGAAGCUUAUAGGCUGUUGCUGUUGUGACAUAUAUACUGUUGUUAGCCUGUAUUGCUUGUCAGACAAGGGCAAGUUUACUGACUUGUAAACUAUUGAUGAUCUAACUCUUGGAAGUUAUAAAUGUUGUUAUUCCAGAAAUCCGUUUUUUAUGCA